AUAUGUUGUGAUGGAAGUUUCACUUUCCUUAGCUGCCGUGAUUUCCAACCUUAACACACGCGAUUCCUGCAAAGAUGUCAUGGUAUGACUACAGCGAUGAUGAAUGUCAUUACUACGACUCUAGCGAUGAUGAAUGGUAUCAGUACUCUAGCGAUGAUGAAAAAGAGUGUGGGCUUUCAGUAGAGAAGUUGAACCUUGGUCCUAGAAAGAAACUUCUUGUUCUGAACCUAGGAGGCUUGCUCUGCCACAGGAUUCGCCGUCGUGAAAGGCCCAGCGAUCAUAGAUUUCGCAAGCCUGAUGGUGGCUAUGGAGGCUUUUAUGUUUACAAGAGGCCCCAUUAUGAAGAUUUCCUGAAAUUUUGCUUAGAAAAUUUUGAAGUGGGAAUAUGGUCUUCUUCAAAGGAAUAUCAUCUGACCAACACCUUGGACUGCAUAAUGGAACGGUCGUUGAAAAGCAAGCUUUUAUUUGUUUGGGGCCAAGAAAAAUGCACUGAUUCUGGUUUUAUGGCCUUGGAGAACAAGGAAAAGCCAAUCUUUUUGAAAGAGUUGAAGAAGCUAGAGAAUCCCAGAAUUCAAUAUUCUGAAUCAAAGACGUUGCUGAUAGAUGCUAAUCCAUAUAAGGCCUUGCUAAACCCUCCCCAUACAGCAAUAUUUCCCAACGAGUACAAGGCUGAACAAGCUGGUGAUGCGGCUUUGGGUCCUGGAGGCGACUUGCGGCUGUACUUGGAAGGACUGGUUGAUGCAGAUGAUGUUCCAUCUUAUGUGAAAGAUCAUCCAUUUGGGCAGCCUACAAUAACCCCUACACAUUCUGAUUGGGAGUUUUAUUCGAAUAUUAUUAGCCGUUUUCAGAAGGAGUGAGCUACCGAAAAGAUCAUAAGCAAAUAAAUUGCAGACUUUUUACCUUAUGCUAUCUUGUCUUCAUGAAGAAAUCCUUCUUUUUUUAAUCUGCUUUUGUUU